CGCUAGCUGGAUUGAAUCUCAAAAGCUUUGGCAAAGGAAUCAAGAACUACGUCUACGAAGGCCAGGUUUGCAACAUGGCCUCCCCGAUCCUCAUCACCCCGGACGUGGUUUCUUACAUUGGUUUUCCAAGCUUACAGUGCGCUUGCGAUGGUAUCCUUUGCCUUGUGGGUCGGAACAUCACUGGCACAGCUUCGAAUGAGGAUGGGAUUCUUCCUCUGAAACUAAAUGCCUCCGGGUGUGGCCAGGGCAAUUCGUUUUGCGAUUACGACUAUCCUUUGGAAGAGAAAAGAACCAGGUUGUACUCUUACAGCCCGAGACGGAACACAUCGAUACAACUCGACGUGAAUUUCAGCACAAACUUCGAGGAGGCAAUCCGUGGUCCCAACCAAAUACUCAAAGAUUUCGUUUCUUGCACCGAGGACACGAUCCAGAAGAAGGAUCCGAGCGAUGGCACACUAGACUCAGAUCUGCAGGAGUGCUGGAAAAGUCCAAUUGUUGCCGUGGGCCCUGUCAUUGAGAUCCCAUUAGAAAUUCGGGCAUCGCUGGAAGAUCUCAUGGACACCUUCGAUAACCAUGUUAACGACAACUACUUGUGUGGCAUGGACGAAGGCCAGUCAAAGCUGGCGGACAAGCUGUGCACAGUAAGCUUGCAGGAUCUAAAGAUGCAAAAUCUGCAGAACCACUUGAGGGAGUCUCUAACGGACGUACAUAGGUUCAUGAAGAAGGAAUGGGAGAGCACUUGGUCGCAGAGAUCAGACAUAAGUGUUAGGAUUGUCACAGCAGUGGUGACCAUCCUUGUGACAAUCUGGGGGAUGUUCAACAGGGAUUUGCAAAAGGUGGAGGCGCUGAUCUUGAAGCGCACAGGCAAUUUCACCAGAGUUGUGCAAGCGACAAUAGGACUUCCACUGUUUAAGACGGGAAUUCGGGGUUUUCUACUCUUGGGUGUGAUCGUGUGGAACAUGUUUAACGUGUUUGUCAGAUUGAAAGCUGUGGGAAGUCCGGCUUGCCACCUCAAAGACACUACUCCAGCAGCUCGACGAGAUCCUCUUUCCUGGGAUCUCGUUAUUGUAACUUUCGGUGUGUACGUUCGCAUGCGCUACGUGGAAAGAAAAGAAGAGGUAACUGUACCAGCUUAA